AUGACCACAUCCACCGCAAAGACAAUCCUUAUCUUUGGCGCAACCGGCAAACAGGGGUCCGCUGUUAUUGAUGCCCUCCUUAGGGCAGACAAGCAUACUGAUGGGGCUUCGUUGAACAUCCUAGCCGUUACACGUGACCGCAAUUCCCAUGGCGCACUGGCCCUAGCGCAAAGACCCAAUGUAUCCGUUCUCGAAGGCGACCUAGCCGACCCGGAAGCGAUUUUUGACUUGGCCACCACAAAUGGAAAUUCUGUCUGGGGUGUUUUUGGAGUCCAGAUUAACUCCGCGGAGGAAGAAAAGCAAGGUAAAGCCUUGGUGACGGUCUCCGUCGCGCGUGGUGUCCAGUACUUCGUCUACUCAUCUGGAGAUCGUGGUGGACCGGAGAGAUCAGAAACAGAUCCCACUUCUGUCAAGAACUUUGCGGCGAAGUUCAACAUUGAGAAACACUUGCAGAAGCUCGCAGCUACUAGUUCGCAAGGCAUGACCUACGCGAUUCUGAGACCGGUCACUUUUUACGAGAAUUUGACGACCGACGUUCAUGGAAAGGGUUUCGCCCGGAUGUGGGAGCAGAUUGGCUCAAAGAGACCACUACAAUUCAUCUCUACAACGGAUAUUGGCUUCUUUGCCGCACAGGCGUUCCUCCAUCCAGAGGAUAAUCGCAAUGUGGCAAUAACGUUGGCUGGGGACGAGCUUACACAGCCAGAAGCCAACAUCAUUUUCCAGGACGUAGUCGGCUCCAGGAUGCCCAUGGCGCCUUGCCCCGUUGGUUCCGCAGUGAAAUUUUUUAAGAAAGAUACAGUUGGGGAUAUGUUUCGGUGGUUCGAAGAAAAUGGGUAUGGUGGGGACGUCGCGCAGUGCAGAAAGACCUAUCCCCAAUUAAUGGACUUUCGAACUUGGAUGCAGGAGCGCAGUCCAUUUGUGCAAUCCCGAGGCUCUCAAUGA